GGCGUAUUUUAACACCGAAACUAGCGUUAUUACGGCAACUACGGCAUCGAUUUCUAGCGUUCUCUCUUCCAGAAAAAGUUGACGAUACCUGCGUAAGAGCAUGAGAUCUAGCGAUCAACUCGGAACGGAAAGUUUCCCCCAACUUGAUCCACACAUCUACCUAUCUACCUAUGACAACCGCAAGCAUCACUAGCUGCUACACCGCUCUUCCUUAAGAAAACGUACAGCAUAUAACCAUGUCCGCUCCAGCAGGACCAUCGAACCCGUCCCUCGUCACCGGUAGGAUCAGGGACACCGACCAGGUCGUCAACGCUCAAGGCAAACGCAAGGCCGAGGAGGACGCCGAGGAGGGUGGAGAAGUCGUCGUGAACAAGAACAAGCGGCAUAGGAAGGAUAAACCAUGGGACACGGACGAUAUCGAUCACUGGAAGAUCGACCCCUUUACCGAAGCCGACAACGUCUCCGGUCCGUUUACCGAAGAGAGCAGUUUCGCCGUCCUCUUCCCCAAGUAUAGGGAACAGUACUUGAGGGAGAGUUGGGGUGCUGUGACAAAGGUCUUGGGGAAACACGGCAUCGCCUGCACCCUAGACCUCCUAACCGGUACAAUGACAGUCCUAACCACCAGGAAAACAUUCGACCCAUACAUCAUCCUCUCAUCCAGAGACCUCAUCAAGCUCCUAGCCCGUGGUGUCUCUUUACCUCAAGCGGCGAAAGUAUUGGAAGAUGGCGUAGCGUGUGAUGUCAUCAAGAUCGGUGGGCUGGUCAGGAAUAAAGAGCGGUUUGUGAAGAGGCGGCAGAGGUUGGUCGGGCCUGGGGGGAGUACGUUGAAGGCCAUCGAACUCUUGACGAACUGCUACAUCCUCGUACAAGGAAACACCGUCUCCUGCAUGGGCGAAUACAAGGGUCUGAAAGAGGUUCGGAGGAUCGUAUUGGAUUGUAUGAAGAAUGUUCAUCCGAUUUAUCGGAUAAAGGAGUUGAUGAUCAGGCGGGAACUUGCCAAGGAUCCCAAGUUGGCGGGGGAGAGUUGGGACCGGUUCUUGCCACAGUUCAAGAAGCGCAACCUCAAGACCUCUGAAAAGACCGCCCGCAAGAACCGUGCCCAAGGCAACUCGGCCGACGGAGCGACAUCCAACCAGACCCCGCUGGGUACGGCUUCCAAGAUGCCCAACACCGUCGUCGACCCCUCAGUGGCAAGUCCCGCGGCAGCGCCGGAGAAGAAGAAGAAGCAGAAAAAGGUAUACACGCCCUUCCCGCCGCCUCAACAACCGAGCAAGUUGGAUAUGCAGUUGGCGAGUGGAGAGUACUUCUUAAAGUCGAAAGACAAGGAGAGGAUGGAGAGGCGGAAGAAGGAGGAAGAGCAAAACGUCGUGACCGAGGCCAAACGGGCUCAGCGAGAAGAGGCGUUCAUUGCGCCGGCGGAAAAGGCUGGACAAACGAUCGAGGAGAGGAAAAAGGCCAAGAAGAGCAAGAAGAGGGAAGAGUAGGGUUGGGUUCUGGACCAAGGUCGGAGCUGGGUUUGGGGUGUGAUUUGCGCUACUCGAUGUAUUCGGACUUUCCGAAAUGAGACUAUCGAUCGCUGUCAUCUCAUCAUGCUAGGGGGAAUCCGGUCGGUUUGAUGAUGUUGCGAGGCAAAUUGCCGAAUUUCUGAUCGCCUGGUCGUUGUCUGGAGCGGUCUGUGCGUCUUCGGACGUAGUCGUAUGUGCAAUGCGAUAGGGU